CCAUCUUCUACUGCCUUUGAAAAUUGACCACUAUCGAAGCACCUUUUCUCUCCGGUUCUUGACUAUAAAUUCCAAAAAGCAUAACCUUUCAAACCAAAAAUUCCCAGCAUUUCCCUUCAAUGGAUUUCCAUAGCACUCUUAAACCAGAAGUAUAUGCAAAGAAUGUUUUCUUGUACGGCGAAUAUGAAGAAGAACUUGAAGAAGAUGAUGAGGUUUUCUACUGUGAACUUAGAAGGCAAGUUUUGCUAUUAACAGCAGAAGAUAGCGAUGAUGAAGAAUUAGAUGAAAAUAGAAGUAGUCCAAACAUGGCCGAGGCACGUAAACACGGUUCAAUCCCCAUGCUAUCCUCUGUAAAACCAUCUGGAUGUUUAUAUAACUGGUCAGGGAAUAAGGAGGAUUAUGCAACACCUGCAUCGAUAUUGAACUUGUGGAGAACUGGCAAUGGAACUGGUGUUUUCAUACCACAAAUCGUUCAGUCGAGAAGAAAAAAUAGACCAAGAAGGAAGAAGAAGAAUGAGAGUGUAAGAACAUAUAGGCAGGUAGACAAGAUGAAUUGAUUAGUCGAUAUGUAAUUAUUUAAUUAAAACCUGUAAAAAUAUUGUAUUGUAUUCUUGAUCAAGCGUUGUUGAUGAUUAUUAAUAAAUUUGAAUGGUCUGAUUUGAUUA